AUGCAAGCACCGGUUGUGUUUAUGAACACCAACUCUGAGAGACAGACUGGUCGCCAGGCCCAGAUCUCAAACAUCACGGCAGCCAAGGCAGUUGCAGAUAUUAUUCGCACGUGUCUGGGUCCAAAUGCCAUGCUCAAGAUGUUGCUGGAUCCAAUGGGCGGAAUCGUGCUUACCAACGAUGGCCAUGCCAUUUUGCGUGAGAUCGACGUGGCGCAUCCAGCUGCCAAAUCCAUGAUUGAACUGAGCAGAACUCAAGAUGAAGAGGUCGGAGAUGGAACCACAACCGUAAUCAUUUUGGCGGGUGAAAUUUUGGCCCAAGCGUUUCCAUAUAUCGAGAAAAAUAUCCAUCCUGUGAUCGUGAUUCAGGCUUUGAAGCAAGCUAUGGCUGACGCCCUGGAGAUUAUCCACAAGGUCUCCAAACCUAUUGAUACUGAGAACGACGAGGCAAUGGUCAAGCUUAUUGCUGCUGCAAUUGGGACGAAAUACGUUGCGAAAUGGUCCGAUUUGAUGUGCAGACUGGCCCUGAAAGCAGUUAAAACCGUGAUGUCACAAGAUGGUGAACACAAAGAGAUUGAUAUCAAGAGAUAUGUGAAGGUGGAGAAGAUCCCAGGUGGAGAAAUCGAAGAUUCGGUGGUUCUGGACGGUGUUUUGCUGAACAAAGACGUUACCCAUCCAAAGAUGAGAAGACACAUUGAGAACCCCAGAAUCAUUCUGCUUGACUGUCCUUUAGAGUACAAGAAGGGUGAGUCACAGACAAAUGUGGAGAUCACCAAGGAAGAAGAUUGGAGUAGAUUGUUGGAGAUUGAAGAGGAACAGGUCAAGCUAAUGUGCGAACAUAUACUGGAAUUUAAGCCCGAUCUGGUGAUCACAGAGAAGGGAGUCUCCGAUCUUGCCCAGCAUUAUCUGCUGAAGGGAGGCUGUACAGCCUUGAGAAGAUUGAAGAAAUCUGAUAACAACCGUAUUGCUCGUGCUACUGGAGCCACCAUCGUGAACCGUGUGGAAGACUUGAAGGAGUCCGAUGUUGGUUUAAAGUGUGGUCUCUUCAAGGUGGAACAGGUUGGAGACGAAUACUUCUCGUACAUAGUCAAGUGUCAGGAACCAAGAGCAUGUACUGUCGUUUUGCGUGGUCCUUCCAAAGAUAUCUUGAACGAGAUUGACAGAAACUUGCAAGAUGCCAUGGCUGUGACUCGUAACGUCUUCUUCGAGCCAAGUUUGUCUCCAGGUGGUGGUGCCACGGAAAUGGCUGUCAGUGUUGGACUUUCUGAAAAGGCCAAGUCCAUCGAAGGUGUUCAACAAUGGCCUUACCAAGCCGUUGCUGAUGCAUUUGAAGUGAUACCAAGAACUUUGGUGCAAAAUUGCGGUGGCAACCCAAUCAGAACUAUCUCACAGUUGAGAGCUAAACAUGCCAAUGGCGAGUUCACCUACGGUGUUGAUGGAGAAACCGGAAAACUGGUUGAUAUGAACGAGUACGGUAUCUGGGAGCCUGAGGUCAUCAAGCUGCAGAGUGUGAAAACUGCCAUCGAGAGUGCCUCUUUGUUGUUGAGAGUUGAUGACAUUGUGAGUGGAGUUAAGAAGAGUAGUUAA